ACAGUAAACUCGGACAAUAAGUCUACAGAACGAUAUCUUCACUGUUUUGAGAAGUUCUCCUGGGAUCUCAGCAUUGUUCCUCUUCUUUCCUUUGACAAAGGUUGUGCAGAAGCCAGAAAAAAAAAAAAAGCUCUCACCAUGGCGCUAAUGAUUCUGCCACUCAUUGGAUCCCUGUCAAUAUCUGAGGGUCUGUUGGCCAUAGCCACCAUGUGUCUGGUCUACCUGUUCCUCAAGCAUUUCCAAAAUGAGAUUCCCAAAGGGCUCCGUCGUCUCCCUGGCCCAAAGCCGCUGCCUAUCAUUGGGAAUGUGCUGGAGCUAGGCAGCAAACCUUACCUGAGUCUCACUGCCAUGAGCAAGCGCUACGGUGACGUCUUCCAGAUCCAGAUCGGCAUGCGUCCUGUGGUCGUGCUGAGUGGCAAUGAGACUGUGCGACAGGCUCUCAUCAAACAAGGGGAUGAGUUUGCAGGCAGACCUGACCUGUACUCCUUCAGCUUCGUUAGUGAUGGCAAGAGUCUGGCCUUCAGCACAGACAAAGCUGGCGUUUGGCGUGCCCGUAGAAAGCUGGCCUACAACGCCCUGCGCUCUUUUGCCACCCUGGAGGGCACAGACCCAGAGUACUCCUGUAUGCUGGAGGAACACAUCUGCAAAGAAGCCAAGUAUCUGAUCAAACAGGUCAACACUGCCAUGAAGGUUGAAGGCGGCUUUGACCCUUUCCGCAACAUUGUUGUCUCCGUUGCCAAUGUGAUCUGUGGCAUGUGCUUUGGCCGGCGCUACGAUCACAACGACCAGGAGCUGCUCAGUAUUGUGAACCUCAGUGAUGAGUUCUCCCAGGUGGCAGGCAGUGGCAACCUAGCAGACUUUAUUCCUCUUCUUCGCUUUCUGCCAAGCAAAACAAUGAAGAGGUUUCUUGAAAUCAACGACCGCUUCUACACGUUUGUUCAAAAGAUCGUCAGCGAGCACUAUGCCACCUACAACAAGGACAACAUCCGCGACAUUACAGACUCCCUCAUUGAUCACUGCGAGGACAGAAAGCUGGAUGAGAAUGCUAAUGUCCAGAUGUCAGAUGAGAAGAUUGUAGGAAUUGUCAAUGACCUGUUUGGGGCUGGUUUUGACACCGUCACCACUGCUCUGUCGUGGGGAGUGAUGUACUUGGUGGCUUACCCAGAGAUACAGGAAAGGCUUUUCCAAGAACUGAAGGACAACGUAGGUCUGGAUCGUACUCCUCUACUCUCUGACAAAGCCAAAUUACCCCAACUAGAGGCAUUCAUCUUGGAGCUGUUUCGCCAUGCCUCAUUCUUGCCCUUCACAAUCCCACACUGCACCUCAAAAGACACAUCUCUGAAUGGCUACUUCAUCCCAGAAAACACCUGCAUCUUCAUCAAUCAGUGGCAGAUCAACCAUGAUCCUGAGCUGUGGAAAGAUCCAUCCUCCUUCAACCCGGAGCGUUUCCUGAGCGCCGAUGGCACUGAGGUCAACAAGUCAGAGGGAGAGAAGGUGGUGGCUUUUGGCUUGGGAAGGCGACGUUGCAUCGGCGAGGUCAUUGCGCGACAUGAAGUCUUCCUGUUCUUGGCAAUCUUCAUCCAGAACCUUCACUUCCAAACGUUGCCUGGGGAGUCAGUGGAUAUGACUCCAGAGUAUGGUCUCGUAAUGAAACACAAACGCUGCCACCUGAGAGCCACAGUGCGAGCAAGUAGUGAGCAGUGAAACUAUUUAUGAUGCAUAAUUUGUUAUUCAGUAAGUGGUAAAGCUUGGCUGUGUGAGGGUCACAGUCAGGUCAGGGCUCAGUGAAAGAAGAAACUUUCUCAGAAUGUAAUUCACUGGAUGUCAACUGUAAUCCAUAGAGCUAAUGGCAUUGAAGCAAAUAUGUGAGGUUUGCUUGUUGCAGAUUGUCAGAGAUGUCGACGUUUGUGUCCAUCUCUGUCGUGAUUUUGGUUUGCUAAGAGAGAUUCUUGCACAUGUCUGGUGCUUCUCAGUGAAGUAUAAGGAGACACUUCCUGCUGUGUUAUCCAGUAAUCCAAACUGCUUCCAAUCAGAAACUAUUCAUGCCUUGUUCAACUUUGGGACAAAGUAAGUACUGUUGGAUGGACAUUACUUUCUGUGACAGAGGAUUUUGAAGAGAACGAAUUACCUUAUGAUACAAUUCACACUUGUAAGCUUGUUAUUUGCAUUCCAUUAUACUGUGGAUGUAAGACACUGAAGCUAUAUAUUUGUAUCCCAAAAUGUGAUUUUGUGUGUACAUCAAGAUUUUAUUUUUUAUUUUUUUUGUAUUUUAUGAAGUCAUUCUUAUGAUUUUAGUGUUUGUAUAUAUUUGAGGUGAAAUAGUUUUGCUGUGCAUCUCAGGACACCAAAACAGUUUCAUCGAUUUUGAAAUAUAUGAGAAGGCUGUACAAUUUUGUAUUUCUAUGGCGAAUGUGUUAAUGAUUGUAUAACAUGUAAGGGCCUGUAAUCAGAGCAUUGUUUAAUCAGCUGCAAAAAUACAAUUUAAAAAACGAAAAGA